AGGGAUGAGGCUGUGGGCGAGGCCGCCGCGGCGGAAGCAGGGGAAGACAGCGGGGGCGGGGGCGUCUCCUGGGAGCGAGGCCUGGCCUCUGCGGAGGCUUCCUCCGGGGCGGGCGGAAAGUCGAAGCGAGAGUCCCCGGGGGAUCCCCCCACCCCACCCCGGCCAGCGACCUGGUUGCGGUUGCUUUGGGGCCCAGCCCAAGGUGCGGGUUGCUAUAGCAACCAGCUGGGGUAACCAACUUGUCCAGGUUUGCGCAGGAUGUGCUGGCUUUGGCACUCAGCACUGCAGGCCUUCAGCCCGCUGAAGCGAUCCUAUUCGGCCUCCCGCGGCUCCGGCCAGAGGAGACCUGGGAGGCCGGCCGAAGGCCGACCUUUCACACUGCCUUUUCAAUAUUAGGGUGAAGGCGCCCCGCACAGCACUUUCUCGGCCAGGCCCAAGCAUGCCAGUCCUUGUAAGGCAAAGACUUCAAUGGGAGCCUUCCUCCUUAAAGCCUUGUGGUGAAGCAGCUGUUUGACACACUCAGAAGGAAGGAUGACAGCUAUACAGAGGAACACGAUGUGAAUGGAAGAGACCUGUCAUUAUGGAAACAGUACGGCACUCUGAACGUACACUAAAAACAGCUCUCAUCUCGGAGAACCCAAGGCUUGUGUCACAGUAUGAGAAGUUAGAUGCCGGGGAAAGGCGUUUGCUGAACGAAGCCUUCAAGCCAGACCAUGAUCUCUUCGGACCCAUUACCUUGCAUUCGCAAUCGGAUUGGAUCAUCUCCCAUCCUGAGGCUCCCCAAGACUUUGAACAGUUUUUCAGUGAUCCUUACAGAAAGGCACCGUCUCCAGACAAACGCAGUAUUUAUAUACAGUGCAUUGGCUCUCUAGGCAACACCAGAAUUAUCAGUGAAGAAUAUAUUAAAUGGCUCAAGGGUUACUGUGAAGCAUUUUUCUACGGCUUAACAGUGAAACUCCUAGAACCAGUUCCUGUCUCUGCCACGAGGUGUUCCUUUAGAGUCAAUGAUAACACACAAAACCUACAAAUUCACGCAGGGCACAUCCUGAAGUUCUUAAAAAAGAAGAAACCUGAAGACGCCUUCUGUAUUGUGGGAAUAACGAUGAUUGAUCUUUACCCAAGAGACUCCUGGAAUUUUGUCUUUGGACAGGCCUCUUUGACAGAUGGUGUGGGGAUAUUCAGCUUUGCGAGGUAUGGCAGGGAUUUUUACAGCUCCCGCUACGAAGGCAGAGUGAGCAAGCUGCAGAAAGGAUCCUCGAGUGACUAUGCAGUUUUCGAUAACUAUUACACUCCUCAAGUGACCAGUGUUCUGCUGCUUCGUUCCUGUAAGGCGCUGGUGAGGUGGAUCGAGGACGAGUCGGACAGCCCCGGAGUCAGUACGGAGCGCAGUCGUGAGGGUGCCGUGGAUUUACCGAAACCCGUGGACGCCUUUAAGGAAUGGAAAGAGUGGAUAAUAAAAUGCCUUGCUGUUGUCCAAAAAUAAGGACCUUCACAUAGGAGUAAUUAAAAUAAACAUUUGCAGACUCUG